AUGGCUUCUUCUUCUACCACCAAAGUGUCCCUGAAGCUUCUCAUCGACACAAAGAAUAACAAAGUUCUCUUUGCCGAAGCUUCAAAAUCUGUGAUAGAUUUUCUUUUCAACUUACUUUGCUUACCUAUUGGUACCGUAGUUAAGCUCCUAGGCACAAAUGGCAUGGUUGGUGGCUUAGGAAAUCUGUAUCAGAGUGUCGAGACUCUCAACCAAAGUUACAUGCUAUCAGACCAAUCUAAGGAUGUUCUCUUAAACCCAAAAGCUCAAUGCUCCUCAACAGAAAUCUCUGGCUUCCUUACCCAUAAUGAUGACAAAGACGAUACUAAAGAAGGAAUUAAGUUAUACAUGUGUCCAUAUAGAUGUCGUCAUGAGGUAGCAUAUGAUGCUUUUGCGCAUGGUACAUGCGGACAUAGUAUGACCAAUGAAGUAAAUUGUAUUGGAAAUAAGAAGGUUGCUGAAAAGAAAACCUUUUCCAAUAUCAAGAGUGGUUUUGUGAAGGAUGUUGUAACAUUUAUGGUGAUGGAUGAUUUGGUGAUUCAACCAAUGUCAACAAUAUCUAGCAUCACUCUUUUGAACAAGUUCAAUAUCAAAGAAAUUGGUACUUUGCAAGAGAAGAAUGUAGAAAUGGGAAUGGAUGAGGGUAUCAAGUUGCUUAAGGCUUCUCUGCAAUCCAAAAUGGUCUUGACAAGUGUUUUCCUCGAGAAAGAAUUAGAUUUGCAUGGAACUGUGUGA